UGAAUGACGUCACGCACUGUGGUGUCAUGGCGUCCUCCUGUUCGCGAGCUCUCAAGCAUCAUGUGUGUAAGAGCAGCAGCAUAUUGCGCAUUCAUCUGCAGAAGUCAUGGCCUAAUAGGAGUUUUGCUCUGAAUUCGGCUGCAGAUCAACAACCUGCCGUUUCUCCACAAGAAGAAAUAGUCAUUCCAAAGAAGAAAAUAUGGAGUAAAGAGGCUGUCUUACAGGCAUUGGCGCCCACUGUGAAAAGGGAUCCUACAGCCUCAGAUUACAGAUUUCAAGAUGAUUCAUAUCUCGCUCCAAAAACAGCAUUAGAGUUUAAGUUAUUUUCCUUGUCCCAGGAGUCAGGCAGAAAUGCUGCCAAAUAUUUUAUCAAUAUACCGAAGUACUUCCAGAAAGACAACGCACAGCCUCAUAUUCCUUGUCUGAUGCCGGAAACUCUAGAGGCUCAGAUAGAAGGGUUGUCUGAAGCUGCUCUCAUCGAGAGAAUUCAGAUGAGAAAAGUCAAAGCUGCCGUGGAUCUGAAUGACCAACUUCUGCAGGCCGGUACAUCGGUGUCAUUGGACGUGACCAAUCAGUUGUUAGAUCUAAUUUGUUUCUAUGGAGAUAAUGCUCCCCCACAGGAGAACGUUCCAGAACAGAAGAAUGAGCAGAUGGAGGACGUCAAGAGUGUCCCGAAGACUAGACACGGAAGAGGCCCCAGAGCUAAUGAUUUACUGAAGGCCUCCUGGAAAGAGAAUAAUAAUGCAGAGAGGAUCUUUGCACUGCUGUCAGAGCCAAACACGCAUUCAUACAGCGCUCUGAUACGAGGCAUGGUGAAGUACGGCGCUUAUUCUAAAGCGUUCAGCACCUACACCGACCUGCUCAACAACCGACUGAGAGCCGAUGUGCACAUAUUCAAUGCCCUGAUCGCAGCCGCCCCGGAAGUAAAAGAGAGAUACAACGAAAAAUGGGAGUUGAUAGUGGAUCUUUUGAAUCAGAUGGCGGAGCAGAAGGUCAAGCCCAACCUCUUCACACUGAACGCUGUCCUGAAGGCUUUGAGACGCUGCGGCAAUCUGGGGAAAUCUCAGGCCUUUCCUGUGAUCAGUGAAAUGAAGGCUCUCUCCAUCGAACCCAGUCUGGCCACGUACAAUCACUUGCUCUCCAUAUUUUAUAAACCAGGUACCCUAAUUCAGGGCCAGAUGGACGUUUUACAGAAAGUGAUGAAUGCAGUGUCAGGGAAGAGCUUCACUCCACAGGACCCUGAUGAUGCACAGUUCUUCAUUACCGCUAUGAAAGUCUGUAUGGAAACUAAGGACGUUGAGCAGGCGUACAAGGUUCAUGAGCUGAUGGGCGUUGGAGAGAACUGGAGACUUCUGGGAAAUGAUCUCCAUCAGAGCAUUUACUAUACACGGUUCUUAAGUCUGCUCUGUAUGAUGGAGAACGUUGACGUGAUUCUGAAGUGGUACAGAGAUCUUGUUCCUUCGGUGUACUACCCCAGUUCUAACAUCAUGAGAGAUCUGCUCCAGGCGCUUGAUACCGACAACAGAUUAGACCUCAUCCCACAAAUAUGGAAAGAUAUCAAACAGCUGGGGCAAGCCAUCAGGCAGAAUCUGGAAGAGUUGCUGAGACUAAUGGCAAGAGAGAAGCACAGUCAGGAGGUGCAGGAAUUGUUUGCUGAGUGUGCACUGGACAUCAAGAAAAUGUACCAAAGUGACUUGGACAAUGCUUCGCUGAGCUGGACAGCCAGUUCUCUAAGUGACCUCAUCUCAGUUCUACUAGCAGCUAAUAGGAGACAGGACGCCUGGGAAACGCUGAAACUUUUCAAAACGCACAAAAGAGUGCCAAGUGACGAGCUGUUAAACAAGUUCUUGACGAGUAUAAAGGAGGGCGGUGGUGAAGUGAAUCAGGCGGUGGAGCUGGUGCAGAUCUCAGCUGGCUUCUGUUUGCCCGAGACCCCAAAACUCAUCCAGAGGGUCCAGCAGGAGUUUGAGCUCACAGACCAGCAGAGAAACACUUUGUCUGAUUUGGAGAUUCAGACCUAUAGCAGCGAUUAAAUCUCUGGCUGAGAGAUGUCCUGCAGCGUGGAUGGAUCAUAGCAGCUAAAUAUCAGCGUGUUCAUUUUCAGUGUCACGAAUAAAUGAGUACUUAAACAUGCUUGUCAAAUGCGCAGAUUUCAAUCUUCAUUCAGAUGGAAAGUACUUUAAGAACAAAAUGUUCAUUCAAAUUUCUUCAUGGAUUCUGGACUGGUUCUUGAGGAUGGUUUCACCAUUUCUGCCGAUGUCUACAGAAUUCUCAUACAGCUAUUGUUUAACUUUUAAAGAAUAGAGCUGUAAGCAGCAAUCAUCUAAUAAAAUGUUUUGAUUUAAUAACAUUUGAAAAGAGGUAAAUAUCCUGGGCCUGAUGGUUUAGCGUAAUACUUGUUCAGUAUUUAUUGCAAAAACACAAGACUGUAUUAAGAUUAGCAACUUGUCUUUUUAAACUAUUAUUGCACAUUGUGUCCUCAAUAAAACCCAAUUAUGUC